UUACUUUUAUGCAACAUGUUAUGAAAAGGGUCAUUUAUCAUAUCUACACACUGAGUUGAAAGAUGGCUUCUUUAUUUUCUGUUCGGAAACUAUGCCUGUCAAAUUAUUCCAAAUCAUUUUUGAGUAGCAGACAGAUGAAAAAUCUGGCUUCCGCAAGAUGCCAUUUUUCAACCUGGAACAAAGAGAUAUCAAAAUUUUUGAAGAAAAAUAAGGGAUUGUCUUUAAAGACAUUUCAACCCUUUAGAGGGACCACAACAGAUGCUGCAAUAGUACCAUUUAGUCGUCAGCAAAAAAUUAUUGGUGCAUGGUUGUUUGGAUGUGCUGGAAUGUGUUUUGGUGCUGUGAUACUUGGUGGUGUCACAAGAUUGACAGAGUCUGGAUUGUCAAUGGUGGAUUGGCAGUUAAUUAAAGAUAUGAAGCCACCUAGAAGCCAGCAGGAAUGGGAGGAAGAAUUUGAGAGAUACAAACAAUACCCUGAAUAUCAGUACAUCAUUAAGGAAAGAGAUUUCACCCUAUCAGAUUUUAAGUUUAUUUAUUACAUGGAGUAUGCACAUAGGAUGUGGGGACGAAUGGUGGGGCUGGUAUUUUUAGUACCAGCUGCUUACUUUCUCAGCAAGGGCUGGGUGUCCACCACUCUCAAGCGCCGCCUAGUGUUAAAUACAGUUUUAUUAGGGUUCCAGGGUUUUCUUGGAUGGUAUAUGGUUAAGAGUGGACUACAAGAACAGGCAAAGCCGUCUGAUAUCCCCAGGGUCAGUCAGUAUCGACUGGCCUCACAUUUAGGAUCAGCCUUUAUCCUUUAUGCAUUGUUUCUGUGGCAGGGAUUGACUCAGUUUAUACCCAUUAACAAUUUACCAAAUACAUCACAGAUGAGAAGGCUUAGAAUCAUGGCCCAUAGCAUAAAAGGACUCAUAUUUGUCACAGCCAUAUCAGGUGCCUUUGUUGCUGGGCUGGAUGCUGGACUUACUUACAACUCCUGGCCAAAAAUGGCUGACAGGUGGAUUCCUAGUGAUCUCCUCGCAAUAUCUCCUACAUGGAAAAAUUUCUUUGAAAACCCUACAACAGUACAAUUUGACCAUAGGCAUCUGGCAGAGAGUACAGUGGUGUUGAUUGGUAUUUUCUGGUACAUGUGUAGGAAUGCUCCACUGCCACCUAGAAUGAGAAUGGCUGUGAAUGCCCUCCUAGGAAUGGGCAUUAUACAGGCGUCCCUGGGUAUCUCUACCCUACUGACAUACGUCCCCACCCCCCUGGCCGCUACUCAUCAGUCAGGGUCUCUUAUUUUACUCAGUAUCGCCAUCUGGCUGACUCAUGAGUUCCGUCGACUUCCGAUCCCAAAAUGAUAAAUUUUAUCCAUACAGUACAAAGCCUCAAGAAUGAGAAUAUCAGGAGAUGUGUGAUCAAAAGCUGCUGAAUCACAUAUAAACUUUCAUAAAAGAUCUGGAUAUUGUGAAUGCUCGCAUUUGCAAAUUAAAUGUUUGAGUAAAACUUUAUAGAAUAAUGCUUGUAUUUGCGGUAGAAAAAUUUUAUGACUUCUGUUUCAAUAUGAGUGUGAUCAGAUUGUGAUAUAUAUUCUGUGAGUUUGUACAAAAGUUGUACAAAGUACAGUUAUGCCUCUGUCAUUAUAUUGUUGUUUGUGAAACAAAUAAAACUAUUAAAUGCACA